CAGAGGUCUCCCCACGUCUGCUCUUUUCGUAACCGUGCUGGCUUGAGCCAUCUCAGCUCAGGGCGCUCGGUUCGACCCAGACGCUGCAUCGCAAUCACACAUUACUACACCUGCACACUACUACGUACAUCCACCAUGGUUUCCGCCAAUUACUUCCUCCAUAUGGCUUUGUGUACAUCUGUACAAUUGGGAACGCAAGUGAAAGCAAUCAUGAUCCAUCGGAAGCAUCAUUCUCAGCCCUCGGAUGCGUACUCUCUGGCAGCCGGGUCGUGUCCGGUCGGAUAUGCCGCUAUCUCUUCCACUUCAGAGUGUGAUGCAGCUGGAAGUGCGCUCGGACUCACGCCGGGCCCUUGGGCGUCCGUCAACUGGGGCGGCAGUUGUGCAAAAUGGGAUGGUGGGUGGGGCGCAUUGGGGUAGCAGUUGGUACGGGUACGGGUAUUGGUACGGGUAUGGCUCCAACCUCUGCGGCCAGCACGGCUUCUGGCUUCCCCAUCGCAGCUCCAAGUUCGGGCGGGGCCGCUGCCACUGGCGAUCCCCAUCUGCAGAAUAUCCACGGCGAGCGGUUCGACGUGAUGAAGCCGGGCAGGCACGUUCUGAUACACAUUCCCCGUGGGGAGCCUGCCCGGAGCACGCUGCUUCACGUGGAGGCUGAGGCGAAGCGAUUAGGUGGCCAGUGCUCGGAUAUGUAUUUCCAAAGGCUGAACGUGACAGGGGCUUGGGCAGAGACGAAGCAGCCUGGAGGGUACCACUACAAAUCGCAAAGUGAUAUCGACGAGACUCCAGAAUGGAUUGGUCUCGGUAGGCUCGAGCUGAAGGUUGUGCAUGGACGUACACAGCAGGGCACCUUGUACCUGAAUUUCUACGUCAAGCAUCUGGGGCGAGCGGGACAUGCUGUCGGAGGCUUACUGGGAGAAGAUGACCACUCAGAAGUAGAGACGCCUCCAGAGGCUUGUGCCCAGCGGAUUUCCCUCCUGGCGCAAAGUGCAGACAUGAACAACCAUGGCUCUGCAUUAUCGUUAGCAGUCGCAAGCUUGGAGUGACUCGUGGCCAGACCAGGUCUGCUUGCACCCUCCCCCUCCUUUGCCCAGCGAAGUCGCUCUCCAGACACGAAGUACAGACAUGAACAGCCAUUGAUCAGCACUGCCCGUAGCAGUCGCAAGCUUCGAGAGACUCGUGAUCAGGCCCGUUUGCAUCUUACAUCCCCCCUGUCCUUUUGCGCCUCAUCCUCAUGAUCAUCCUCCUGUUGCCCUCCCCGCUUCCUUUGAACAUGUUUGACCUUCUCUUGGCUCCAGCGACCUCCAGGGAC